AUGCAAGCUGCUCCAUACAAGAAGGUGAGAUUGCUUCAAGUCGAGCUACUCAAAGCAUUGCAAAGCUACCGUGUCCUAUGGACGGGCCUUGGGGCACAGCUCUCUCGUGAUGUGCCUUUCUCUGCUAUUUGUUGGUCGACCCUUGAACGGAUGAGAAGACGACUUCUUGGUCUGGUGGGUGAGGAAGCCAAUGCAGCCAGUGUGCUUGGUGCAAAUUUCUCUGCUGGUUUUGUUGCAGGAAGCCUUGCUGCUGCUGCUACAUGUCCACUUGAUGUUGCGAAAACCAGAAGGCAAAUUGAGAUGAGAAGACGACUUCUUGGUCUGGUGGGUGAGGAAGCCAAUGCAGCCAGUGUGCUUGGUGCAAAUUUCUCUGCUGGUUUUGUUGCAGGAAGCCUUGCUGCUGCUGCUACAUGUCCACUUGAUGUUGCGAAAACCAGAAGGCAAAUUGAGAAAGAUCAUGCCAGGGCAUUGAGGAUGACAAUGAGACAAACGCUAAUGGAGGGACUAUUCACGGGUGUUGGUCCUCGUGUUGGCCGUGCAGGACCUUCCGUGGGAAUUGUGGUUUCGUUUUACGAAGUUGUGACGGUGACAAUUUUCUACACAACCCAUUACAUUGGUGAGAAUUCAAAAAGGAAGAAAUCAAAUGAAAGAUCAUGCCAGGGCAUUGAGGAUGACAAUGAGACAAACGCUAAUGGAGGUUUGGAUGUAGAUCUCUAUAAUGAAUUACCAAUUAUCCUUAGAAAACCGGGACUAUUCACGGGUGUUGGUCCUCGUGUUGGCCGUGCAGGACCUUCCGUGGGAAUUGUGGUUUCGUUUUACGAAGUUGUGACUAUGCUACUUAAAGACAAGAUUGGGGAAGCUGCUCAAAUCCAUAUUUACUGCAGCCUGCAAGGCACUUCUUACCCAAAUGGAGGUAGACCUACUUCUUCCUGGUUUAAUGCAACCAUGGCUCUUUUUUAG